UGAUGCAAUCUUAUUGGUAAAGCUUUGCCAAUGAACCGCUAUUUAAAGGCUCCCUUUCAACGUUUAAGAAUAUGUUUCGUGUGUUCCACGCGUCUGUAGACUCAGAAAUGAAAUAUUUUUUACUAUUUACUCUUGCCUGUGUGGAGAUGUCUCAUUCUCAUCAUUUUUUGAUCGCAGACUUGCUGAGCAGUGAACACAUUGAUGUGGUUAUUUUGUUCCAGUGUAACACUACCCAAUUAUUCUCUUUGAUAAAGUAUUUAAAUAUAAAAGGCCUGAGAUCGCUGCAAAUCAUCGACACAAAUUCAUCCAGAUUCUACAUGGAUCAUGAGCGCUUUAUGUACACUGAUCAUCAUCGCUUUGGUCUUGUUCUGGACUUGAGCUGUCCGCGAGUGGAUGAGUUGUUAGUUUUUUGCUCAAGUCACGCCUAUUUCAAUGCGUCGUACAGUUGGUUUCUAUUAGCAGAAGGUAGUAAUGCGGAUUCUGGAUAUGAGUUGCUUGAUACUCUGAAUAUAAAUAUAGAUUCGCGCGUUACGAUUGCGGUCGAACAAGACCGGGAAUUUUUGAACUACAACUUGUACGAUGUCUACGGGACGAUAAAAAAACGUGGAGGAAAAGUACACAUUUUACAUGCAGGAGUAUGGAAUAUAACAGCGGGUCUUCGUAGAAUUCGUCCUGUUUCCUAUCGAAGAAGCAACAAUUUGAAUGGAAUAUAUCUGUGGGCAGCUAUAACUACCUUGGGUGCACCCAGAAAUGUUUCACUGGAAGAAUAUCUGCGCUCGUUAACGUUACCCAGAAGAUAUUCCUCGGAUCGCUUUGGUUACCGCAUAAGCACAUUGUUGAGCUACCAUCUUAAUUUCAGGUAUCUUCACGGAAAUUGCGAUAUUUUUUCAUCUGAUAUUUUCCAUUUUUUUAGCAUCAAGUUUAUAACUACCAAAGGAUGGUCUCUGGAAACACUUGGUACCAACUCCACAAGCGGCGUCAUUGAUCAAAUGCAGCAAAAUCUGGUGGAUUUUUCAAGCUCGCCUUCAGAACUGAGAAAGGAACGACUGACGUCUUACGAUCAAACGGUUCCAAUGACAGCCGGCAAAUUUUUGACCGUAUUCCGGCAUCCGAAAAACACUAGAACAAGAAACGUUUUUCUAGAACCAUUCUGCGAUGUUCUGUGGAUAACGGUAUCGAUGGUGCUGCUCAUUGCAUCGAUCAUUCUUUUGACGAAUUUUUACAUGGAGCGGAAGCUGGAUUGUAUAUACAACUGUCAAUUCAUGUUGGCGGUUCUGGGAUUUUUCUGUCAACAGGGAUACUCGGGCAAGGCAUCAUCCUGUGUUUCACGUAUCGCAAUUCUAUCGGCGAUUGUUUUUAGUGUUAUACUUUUUCAGUUCUACACAUCCUUCAUGAUUAGUUCACUGCUUAUGCUGCCUCCCAAAACCAUUCGAACUAUGGAUCAGCUCCUAGCAAGCGAUUUGAAGUACUCGAUCGAAAAUCUACCAUAUAAUCGAGACUUUUUCAAUAAGACCAACCGAACAGUUCUUGUUCAGUUGUAUAAACGAAAGGUGCUCCCGAAUAAAUUUGGCUUUGUGAACAUCAGCACCGGAAUUGAGCUAGUGAAGCGUGGAGGAUAUGCAUUUCAUUGUGACCUAUCAUAUGGAAACACGUGGAUCAUGGAAACCUUCGAGGAACGAGAAAUAUGUCAGCUACAGGAGCUUGUUCUCUAUCCAUUUCGACCGCUGCACAUCGUGGUACCAAAAGGUAGUCCACUGAAAGAGCUUUUCACGGUUACCCUUAGAAAGUUGCUUGAGACCGGAUUGGCACAAUAUUAUAGAAGAAAAUUUUACGUGGAUAGACCUCAGUGUAUGACGCGGCAUUUCGCUUCUGGAGCUAUAAGUUUUCUGGACAUUUCCAGUCUGUAUUGGAUGCUGGCUGCAGGUUGCGCUUUGGCAAAGCUCAUUUUAACCCUGGAGGUGAUUGUGUCUCGUGUGAAAAUCAAUCUGAACAAGAAGACCGUUAAAAAUUAUCAUGCUUGGAUUGAUUAGAUUCGUAACAUCCCACUUGAUAGUUCUAGCAUUGAAUACUCAUAGGCUGAACUGUAAAUAAAACAUGUAAAAUGAAAAAUGUAGCAAAA